AUGCAUGUCAAAUCCUCCAUUAAUGAAUCACACCCAAGGAACUUAAUUCAACUGAGCAAAAAUUUACCAGGUAAAUAUCUGUUGAUCGAGUCCAAUCAGCAAGAACCUAGCUAUGUAACUAUUCCAAUCACAGUGUUUUAUGCAUUACUUUUACUCUUUGGCAUAUUUGCAAAUAGUUUGAGCAUUCUCAUGCUCUUGAAAAAUGGACGUAUGAAGAGCAGCGCCAUUCGGUUUUAUCUCCUCAGCCUGGCAAUGGCAGAUCUAACACUCUUGUUGACUAUACCAGUGACUGUCUAUAGAUAUUACUGGCAGUAUUAUCCCUGGCUGCUGAGUAAUCCGCUCUGUAAACUCUACUUCAUGGUCAGGCACAUCUAUUGUGCCACAACUAGUUGGACUAUAAUUGUCUUUACUGCUGAACGAUAUAUGGCCAUAUGCCAUCCAAUGUGGUCAAUCACUGGUUUACGACAAUCUCGAACGGCCCAUUUGUUGGCACUGAUCUGGGUCUUGUCAGCUAUCUCGUCAGUGCCAUUUGCCGUUGUUUAUGGGCAAUCAACAGCCUGUAUCCUGGACAACACUGCAACUUCACAGGAUAAGACUGUCUUCUUCUCUACUGUAUGUGAGAUGAUUGAGAAAGAGCCAUUCACUAUCUACAAGAUUGCGAUUCAAAUGAGAAGCAUUUUAUGUUUCUUGGUUCCACUCACUGUGAUCAUUAUUUUUUACUUACUAAUAUUUCGCCAUUUAAGUGUGAAUCAACGACUACGUGAGAAUUUGGGAUUGACACAUCUAUGGAGAAGUCAAGAUAUAAAUUCUUCUGGAAAAUUACCUGGAACAGAAAGAAAGGCGCUUCAACUGAUGGGAGCAGUUGUCGUUGCCUUCUUCGUUUGUAACUUCCCUGAUACAGCUGCCACGUUGAUGCAAAUUUACAUAAAGAAUUGGUCUACAAGUGUUUAUACCAUGUACACCUGGUUGAAGUCCUACUUGUCAGUGCCACUGUGGUAUGUGAACAGUGCUCUAGACCCCAUUCUCUUCUGUAUUUCCUCUUCCUCCUUUCGCUGUGCUUGCAAGGAUAGCCUUGGGCCCAUCCGCCCUUGCAAUGACAGUUCAUUGAAAGGCCAUAAGAGACAUGUUUCUUGCAUCAAUCUCACACAAAGCCGGAACAGGAAUCAGCUGUCAAUACCUUCGGACACACAUAAAUCCAUUUGGAAUCUGAGUGCCUACACUGGUGAACUGCCGGAUUCAGUUGAUGGAAAGCAGAGAAGAGGACUUCAGCUGCUUUCUUUGAGGGAACUCUUACAGCAGAAUGAUCAGCAAAUCUCUCAUUCUGGGAUUUUGCAGACCAGCAGAUCUCUUUCUCUCAGUGGCAUCACUACCCAGCAGCUCCACGUUUAUCAGGGUCUGUCUGACCAGCACGUUUCCUCCCACAUACCAGCAGCUGACCCUCCCAUUAGUCUGUUUCCUUGA